UUAUAAUUUUGGAUUCUUGUCCGUUUUUUUUUUUUUUUUUUUUUUUUUUUCCGUUUCUUCACUUUUGAAUCAUGCUUGCAUCGCGGCCAGCUGAGCCCGCUGCGAUUACGAUGCAGCCCGUCGCUGGGGCGGCCACACGCGCUCCUUUUGCAGCCAUCUCGAGCAAUCGAGCACUGGCAGGCAGCAGCAGUGGUGCUCUCAAGCCGCCGGGACUGACUCGCGCACCACUCUCAGCGGUUUCAAGUUCGACUUUGGCUUCUGCCGGCCGUUACGCGCCUUCGUCACACACCCAGCGGCCCGUCUCUGCCGCCGCAACGCCCAGCCAUGCACCGAUGAACAUUCCUGCAUCCAAUGCAGCUGCAUCGGCAAGCACUGCGCGUCGCAGUGGCCCGCUGGGGACGCCGGUCAACCCGUCUGACUUUUCCGCCGUUCCCGACGUGAUUGUCAACCACCGCCUCGGCCACACAUACAUCAAAGGUCCCUUCCUGGGCAAGGGUGGAUUCGCCGAGUGCUUCCAGCUCACAAGAACUGACACAAAUGAAGUGUUUGCGGGGAAGAUUGUUAGCAAGAAAUCGUUGAGUAAGCGAGCCAAAGCCAAGCUCGAGACCGAAAUUAUCAUUCACAGCUCCGUACAGCACCCCAACAUUGUGCAAUUUGCGGACUGGUUUGAGGAUGACGUUAACGUGUACAUGGUCCUUGAGCUGUGUGCAAGCAAGUCCAUGAUGGAGCUUGUGAAGGGCCGAGGGCGCCUAACUGAACCCGAGGCACGGUAUUUUCUGUACCAAAUUAUUGACGCCACACGAUACCUGCACGAAGAGAGCGUCAUUCACCGGGACCUCAAGCUCGGCAACUUUUUCCUCAGCCACGACAUGUGUAUCAAAGUGGGCGACUUUGGCCUUGCCACGCGUGUGACCCACGAAGGCGAGCGAAAAAAAACUCUCUGCGGUACCCCCAACUAUAUUGCUCCCGAGAUUCUCGAGGGCGAGCACACGCACAGUUAUGAAGUGGACGUUUGGGCGAUUGGCGUCAUUUUGUACAUUCUCCUUUUCGGCCGUCCUCCGUUUGAGAGCGAGUCCGCCAAAACCACCUACGAGCGCAUUCAAAACAUUCAGUACAGCAUGCCCGCAGAUGUCCCUGUUUCGCACGACGGCCGGUCACUGAUUGCCCUCAUCCUGACACGCAACCCGUUCGAUCGUCCUUCUCUCAACACCAUUCUGGCACAUCCCUUCAUGACCAACCCUCAAAUGCCCGAUCGGCUGCCGACCUCCUGCUUGACCCGCCCUCCCAAGUGGGCGGCACGUUCACAACGACCAGCCUCCAACACCAGUUCUCGCACCUCGUCUCUGCAAAAGCUCCAGCCCGAACAGCUGGCCGAGACUGUGACGGAAAUUCUGAAUCGCCAGUACACGACGGACGCAGCAUCUGGCGUUGCAGCAGAAAAUGACCCCGCUCUCGUUCCAAACAUCUGGGUCACCAAGUGGGUUGACUUGUCCAACAAGUACGGGUUGGGCUACCAGCUCUCCAACGGUGUGGUUGGUGGCUACUUUAACGAUGCCAACACCCUUCUCAUGUACCCCGAUGGCCGCACGGUGGACUCGAUCUCUUACGAAGGAGAACCCGUCAAAAUGAUGGGACGUCGGUACAUGAUUGAUCGUUUGCCCGACGACAUUCAGCCCAAAGUUGCAGCCUUGUCCCGCUUUGAGGAGCACAUGAAAAACCUUCUCAUGGAUCCAAACGAAGCCGACGUUGUCUUGUCGUCGAAUAGCGAGCCUCCAUCCGAUUCAUCCCUUCCGUUUGUUCGCAAAUAUUGGCUGACCGAGCAUGCAAUUGUUUUCCGACUUUUGCAACUGGUUCAGAUCAACUUUUUGGAUCACACCAAGCUCAUCCUCUCGGCUCAACUCAACUCCAUGACGUUUAUUUCUGCUAAGGGCGUGCGCCAGAGCUUCCCUCUGCACGUGCCCGAAGGCCAAGUGCUUCCUGAAGAGCUGAUUGCUCGUCUUUCUUAUGCGCGAGACUUUUUCCACGCCCUCAGUCAGAAGCGCGCCGAGCGACAUGCCUAA